GAAAUAACUAAUCUGUUUUGGACAUCUCGCUCUUCUCAUUCCCUAUCGGAUUUGUUAAGAUCUUUGGAAUGAUAUGGGCUUAUUCGACAGAAGGAGACACUGGCACGUGGGCAAACCAACUGCAAACAUCGAGAAGGACUCUGAAGAUGGCGUCUGUAGAAUAGCCUCAGAAGAAGCUAGCUUUGGCCACGACCCUGAUCCAUUCCCGUACGGCCUUAAGGUCAUACAUGCCGCUGAAGACGCUGUAGUUGAUAUAAUCUUUGUUCAUGGGUUGACCGGGCACCGAAUAGAAACAUGGACGUGCCGAAGUAAAGGAAAGGCAUGUUUCUGGCCUGUUGACCUGCUCUCCAAGGAUUUCCCGCGGUCACGUAUUGCGACAUGGGGAUACGAUGCCAGGGUAACCAACUGGCGCCCGUUCCAUACGGUCGGCACGAGUGAUGUGCAACAGCAUGCACAAAUGCUCUGUCUCGACAUCGUGAACAUGCGAGAGCGGGAUAACACACAAGAGCGGCCACUACUCUUCCUUGCACAUAGCCUCGGUGGCAUCGUCUGUAAAUCGGCAUUACUCUACUCGGCGCACGCGGAUGCACUAGAGACAAGGAGAGUAAAAUCGAUUACUGAGUCGACUCUGGGGAUCAUGUUCUUUGGCACGCCACAUUCUGGUGCACCGGCAAGCCAGUGGGCCACCAUUUUGCUCUCUGCUAUCUCCAAUGUAAAGCAACUGAACCUUAGCAUUGUGGAGCAGCUUUCAAAAGGCAAUCCCACCCUGUUCAACCUCCAGGAUGCAUUCUAUGAGCUUCUGAACCACCGCAAAGAGCUUGAGAGGCCCAUCAAAGUGGCUUGCUGCUUUGAAGAGAUGCCACUUCCUGGCAUAGGAGAGGUUGUACCAUAUGCGUCAGCAAAGAUGCACGGUUUUCCAGGAAUCUGCAUACCUUCCGACCACAGAAACAUGGUAAAGUUCCCGUACAGAGAGUAUGUCGGAUAUCAAAGGGUGCUCGGAAGCAUAGAGGAAUGGGUGAAUGGACUGCAGAGUACUCCAACACAGCGGACAACCGACAAGCAGCGCUCCAAGCCCCGAGAGCUAUCGCACCAAACGACAGGGACGCGACGGAGGAGGGUGAGAGGCUCUGAGGAAGACAUGGAGCUGUCUCCGAAGGUCAUCAUCGGUUCCGUGACUGCGAAUGGUGACAAGAGCAUCGCCGUGGGACAGCAAUACGGUGGAACUUUUUCAUUUGAUAUGUCGAAUUGAAGUCACAGAAUGAUUGAAGGAAAAAUUCCAACGUCAAGGCAGUGUAAUCAGAGGGAUCUCGGUGGCAAGCAGGCAGAGUGGCCUUAAUCGUGACCGGAUGCUCCUUGUCCUGCUCUCUUUCCCUCGCUCCCACCGCUUCCCGAUGCAUCUGCCCGGCGUCAUCG